AUGCUGUUUCUAACAACAUUAAUUUUUCCAUUGUUAAUUCAUUUGGGUGCAUCGUGCGGUUCCGAUGAAGGCUUAAUGAAACAAAAAAAUUUUUAUCGUGAUCAAUGUAAAUGUAGAGAAUAUGUAGGUUCGUACGCGAUAUGUUACAAUUUCCGCUGCCAAAAUUUUCCGAAAUACUUUCAAACAUCGGUUAAAUGCUUUAAAAUAAGCGGAUCCGGAAUUAGGGAUUUCUUACCAGGAGAUUUUGAAAAUAUAUCACACAUAACCAAAUUACACAUUGAAAAUAACAUAGCGUUAAAAACGAUUCAACCUGGAACUUUUAAAAAAUUAUAUAAACUAGCAACUUUAUCGAUUUCUUUUAACCCACAAUUAAUGAGUUUGAAUGAAGAUGUUUUUAGAGGGCUAUAUAGUUUAGUAUCGUUACAAUUAUCUAACAAUGGAUUUAAUGAAAUCAAAGAUUUUUCAACGGCUUUAAAAUCUUCGUUUAUGCCGAUGUUAACGACGAUUAUUUUAACGGAACUACACUGCCCAAGAGUUGAAGAAGAUGAUUUCGCUUAUUUAUCCGGAAGCAAAGUGAGAAAUAUUUUUUUUGAUGGUUCCCAAAUUAAUUAUAUACACCCGGAUGCGUUUAUUAAUUUAAAAGGUUUAAGGAAUUUAAGUAUUAGCGAUACUUUGGUGGAGGAACCAAACGUGAUGGAGAUUUUACAAAAAAUUAAGAAAAAUAAGAUGCCUUUGAUGUCGUUAAAAUUGAAAUUGUGGGGUAAUAAGACACGAGUACCUUAUCAACUUUUUAAUGUAAUAGGAAAUACGACGAUAACCGAGCUGAUUUUAAACGGGAAUCAAUUUGAUAUAAUCGAGCAGGAUACCAACGACAUCUUUGAAAAUUUGGUAUCUUUACAAACUUUAAUUCUCCGAAAUAAUUUUCUUGUUGAAAUACCCCAAGAUUUAAUGAUUUCAAUGAGCAAAAUGAAAGUCUUAGAUUUAGCUAAUAAUCGAUUAAAACCUUGGCAAGAACGGUUAUUUAUUAACACCGCGGUGGAAAAUUUAAUAAUUUCCCAAAAUCCAUUCACACAUUUAACGAAAGCUAUGUUACAAGAUAUUGCCGAUUUGAAAGUAGUUGACGUUUCAAAUAAUCCAUUUCAUUGCGAAUGCGAUCAAUUAAUCCAACCAAUCUAUUCCUUAACAGAUGGAAGAAUCAAUCACAUUUUAAGCCUUUUAAAUCAAACAAAUUCCUUUUGUGUGUCACCAGAAACUGACAAUACAAUUGUCGAAUAUUACCGGAGUAAUUUGGAACGGUGCAGCAGAGAAAGGAUCAUAAAAAUUUUGAGACACACAGCGCCUUUAUUAAUAUGUGGAUUUCUUCUCCUCACAAUUUCACUUGUUUCUUACAACUAUCGAUCACACAUUCGUUAUUGGAUUUUUUUAUUAAAACUAUCUACAUCACGAAGAAACCAAUUAAAUACAAAACGCGAUUUCAUCGAACGUCGCAUUAAUUAUAUAUACGACGCAAUAGUUUCUUAUAGCAAUGAGGACAGAAAUUUUGUUAUAAGAUUAGUAAAUAUGUUGGAAAGUUAUGACCCAUUUCUUAAAUUAAGCGUAUACGGUAGAGAUUUUGAGAUUGAAACGAAUGUGUCUGAAUCAGUUUUGAAAUGGGCUGCAAGAAGCAGAAAAACCUUGCUCGUAAUCAGCAAUUCUUAUAUUAACUCGGAAUGGUGUGCUUGGGAAGCUGCAAUUGCUGAAAAUCAUAGGUUAUUUCUUGAAAAUGAGCGUGGAGAAUGUGUGAAUGAUUCGUUGGUUAUGAUCCAAUUAGGGAGUAUUUCGGGUUGUAGCAUAAGUCCGAUGAUGAAAUAUCUUAUGAAGACUAGAAUUCUUUUGCAAUGGGAACCUGAGGAAAAUAAACAAAAUCUGUUUUGGGAGAAAUUGAGGAAUGCUUUAAGACCGCGAUUAAAUAACUAA